AUGGCCGAGACGAGCCUGAAAGAUGAAACUGGGUCGCGAGAUCUCUGCCUUGGGUUCUACCAGAGGGUCUCGAGCUGGAGGGUUGUAGCCGUAAAUGCAGCUCUGGGGACGCCUCCCACCUUCCAUCUGUCAAAUUCUUGCAUGCAUGGGAGCAGAGGCUGUCUCGGAUGCUUUACUAAACCUGCAUCAAUUAUCUCUGUGGAUGAUCCUUCAAAAAGAUACCAAAUUCAAGGCCAAGCAGUGAAGAAACGAUUCUUUGCAGACAGCUCCUCGAGCACUUGCUCUUGUGAAAUGGAUAAAAGUGUUGCACCUUCUCAGAUAAGUACAUCCUCCAUCAGCACAUUAAACCAGAUCCUUGAUCCUCCUCACAGCGACACUGGUGAACCGAGCAACCCAACUGAGUUUGUAAAUCACGGCCUUCUUCUGUGGAACCAGACAAGGCAGCAAUGGACUGCAAAUAAGGGAGCUCAGAAUCACAAACAAGUCCGUAAACCUAAAAUCAGCUGGAAUGCAACUUACAAGAGCCUACUCGGGACCAGCAAGCCUUCCCCACAGCCCAUUCCACUUGCAGAAAUGAUAGAUUUUCUAGUCGAUGUCUGGGAGCAGGAGGGCUUGUACGGUUGACUGUUUAGCAAUUUCGGUAAUGUCAGCAUUCCUGGGCUGCUUGAGAAUUCUAUCAUGCGAAACCGCAUAUCAUUGUGUUGCGCAUUUGACUCGACUGAAUGCCCGGCUAGUCAUGUGCACAGAGAGGCUUGGAUGUAUUACCUGCCGGGCAUCCACAGGAACUUGCAAAUGUGUGGACGACUGAACAAAAUGUUUGUGUUCGUGUCGUCGCCAGUUCAAUUUACCUUGUUUUUAGGCCCUGCAAACUUCUUUAUUGAUGAAGGUCUAAGCUUACCUUAAA